AUGCGCCCCAUCCCGCAGCACGCACACGACGGAGACGUGGUGCUGCCUGUGCGUAUCGGGUUGAAGGAGCGAAACCUCGAGCAUGGGGAUCGCUUCCUCGACGACAUUUCAGACCCGGAUUCGCCCAAUUUUGGCAAACACUGGACUGCCGAGCGGGUUGCAAACACGUUUGCGCCGUCUCAGCAAGCGUCCGACACGACACUGGCGUGGCUGCGUGAGGCGGGCAUUGGCAGCCAGCGUGUCAAACACUCUGUCGGACGCAACUGGCUCGAGUUCUCGGCAACGGUUUCAGAAUUGGAGGCGCUGCUCAACACGCAGUACCACAACUACCAGCACAAGCAGAGCGGAGGCUUCCGCGUUGCCUGCGACGAGUAUGGGCUUCCGCAGCAUGUCCGUCCGCACGUCGACUUCAUCAUGCCCACGAUUCAGCUCGAUGGACUGCAGCCCGUGGCCCAGACGAUACGCCACGAGGCCGUGGCCAGCGGAGAUGCCAACUUGAAUUUGACGGACCUUUCGCACUGCGGAAAGCUCGUGACCAUCAACUGUCUGCGCGAGCUCUACAAGAUCCCUGCUGGCAAGUACAACCACACUGGAAACAAGCUGGGCAUAGCCGAGUGGGCCGACUAUCUCUACCUGCCCGACCUGCCCAAGUUCUUCGAACUGUUGACGACGCCCAAGAUUCCUGCCGACACGGUGCCAGAGUUUGUCUCCAUCGACCGUGGCAAAGAAUCGAGCCUGGCGAGGGCAAAGGCGCAGCAAGUGGUUGAAAGUGCGCUGGACUUCCAGACGGCAUAUUCCAUCAUCUGGCCUCAACAAACGCGGCUGUACCAAGUGGGAGACGGAGUCAAUGUGGAUUCCGUCGGCACGUUUAACAUUUUCCUAGACGCUUUGGAUGCGUCGUACUGCACGUACCAAGGCGGAGACCAGCCCUACGUCGACCCAGCUUACCCCGACCCUAACGACGGCGGAUACCAGGGCCCGCUCCAGUGCGGUGGGGCGCCCUCGAGUAAUGUGAUUUCCAUUUCGUAUGGCCAGAUUGAAGGCGCACUGCCGCGGUUCUACCAAGAACGGCAGUGCCGCGAGUGGAUGAAGCUGGCGCUGCAAGGAGUCAGUGUAGUGGUUGCCUCGGGAGACUCUGGUGUUGCCAACCGGUACAACGCUGGAUACAACAACAGCUGCCUCAACGCCGAGUCUGGCUAUGUGGACGAGAAGGGCACGCGCUUCUCCCCCAGCUUUCCGGUCAACUGUCCCUAUAUUACGGCUGUUGGAGCGACAACACUGCGCAAUGGAAGCCUGGCGCUCGGAGAGGAGGCUGUGGCAGGCCCCAACGGGCUGCUGUCAUACUACUCGGGCGGCGGCUUCUCGAGCGUCUUUGGUCGUCCGUCGUGGCAGUCGGCGGCCGUGUCCAAGUACCUGGACAAGUAUGUGCCGGCGUACGGGGAAUCGGUCUUCAACUCGUCGGGUCGCGGGUACCCAGACGUGUCGGCCAUUGGCGAUCACAUGCCGAUAAUCUGGCUCAACAAGACGGAGAGUGCGGGAGGCACAUCGGUCUCGGCGCCCAUUUUUGCCAGCCUCAUUACGCUGUUGAACGAGGAGCGACUCGAGGCUGGCAAGAAGCCAAUUGGCUUUCUGAACCCGAUCCUGUACAAGUAUCCGGACAUGUUCAACGACGUGACUGCUGGCAGCAACCCGGGGUGCGGGACCGACGGGUUCCCAGCAAGUCCGGGGUGGGAUCCAGUCACGGGACUCGGAACGCCAAACUACGAGAAGAUGCGGGAGGUGUUUUUGAAGCUUUGA